AUGGCUACAUAUUUCAUAUUGGAUGCAGAUAAGAGCGAGGGAUGUUGUUCUGUACAGCUUAUUGACGGAGAUGGUAUAUUCAAUGUCUCUGGCAUCGAUCAUUUCAUUAAAGAGGUGAAACUUGGAGAGUGUGGCCUCUCUUAUGCUGUUGUUUCCAUUAUGGGUCCUCAAAGCAGCGGGAAGAGCACACUAUUGAAUCAUUUGUUUGGAACAAACUUCAUGGAGAUGGAUGCAUUUAAGGGAAGGUCUCAGACCACGAAAGGUAUCUGGCUUGCAAGAUGCGCCGGUAUAGAGCCUUGCACCCUUGUAAUGGACUUGGAAGGCACCGAUGGAAGGGAGCGAGGAGAGGAUGAUACUGCAUUCGAGAAACAGAGUGCUCUUUUCGCUCUUGCUAUCUCAGAUAUCGUCUUGAUCAACAUGUGGUGUCACGAUAUCGGCCGUGAACAAGCUGCUAAUAAACCUCUCUUGAAAACUGUCUUCCAGGUUAUGAUGCGACUGUUUAGUCCACGUAAAACAACAAUGCUGUUUGUAAUACGAGACAAAACCCGGACACCCUUGGAAAAUUUAGAGCCUGUCUUAAGAGAAGAUAUUCAGAAGAUAUGGGAUUCUGUUCCAAAACCUGAAGCACACAAGGAAACUCCUCUAAGUGACUUCUUCAAUGUUGAAGUUGUCGCUCUUUCCAGUUACGAGGAGAAGGAAGAACAGUUUAAAGAGCAGGUUGCUAGUUUGCGACAACGGUUCAUGCAUUCUAUUGCACCGGGUGGUCUUGCUGGAGACAGAAGAGGAGUGAUUCCAGCCUCAGGUUUUGCAUUUAGUGCAGAUCAAAUUUGGAGAGUCAUCAAAGAGAACAAGGAUCUUGACCUUCCUGCCCACAAGGUCAUGGUAGCCACAGUGCGAUGCGAAGAAAUUGCAAAUGAGAAGUUUUCGCAUUUCAUUACAAAUGAGGACUGGCGCCAACUGGAUGAGGAGGUGCAGGCUGGUCCAGUUUCUGGUUUUGGAAAGAGGCUUACUUCCAUUAUUAAAUCUUGCUUAUCAGAAUAUGAUGGGGAAGCUACAUUUUUCGAUGAAGGUGUCAGAUCUUCGAAGAGGCAUCAGCUUGAAGAAAAGCUUCUCCAACUUGUGAAUCCAGCGUUUCAAGAUGUACUGGGACAUAUAAGAUGGGGAAUGCUUGAAAAGUUUAAGGCUUCUUUUGAUAAAGCUUUAGAGAUUGGUGAAGGGUUUUCUUCAGCUUCCAGUGCUUGGUUCAAGUCUUGCAUGACCCAGUUCGAUGAAGAGUGUGCAGGUGCCAUCAUUGAACAAGCCAAUUGGGACACAACUAAAGUAAGGGACAAGCUAGUCCGUGACAUCGAGGCUCACAUUUCCUCUGUUCGGACUUCCAAGUUAUCUGAGCUUACGAGUCAAUACGAGUCAAAGCUUCAUGAAGCAUUGUCAGAACCGGUGGAAGCUCUGCUGGAAGGAGCGAGUGAUGAAACAUGGACAACAGUAAAAAAGCUUCAUCGGCGUGAAACUGAAUCUGCUGUUUCUGGACUCAGUAGUGCAUUAGCUGGUUUUGACAUGGAAGAAGAAAUAAGAGACAAAAUGGUGAAGAGCCUACAGGAUUAUUCAAGAGGUGUCAUAGAAUCUAAGGCCAAGGAAGAAGCUGGAAGGGUUUUGAUGCGUAUGAAGGAAAGGUUUGCUACAAUCUUCAGCCAUGAUUCUGAUUCAAUGCCACGUGUUUGGACCGGAAAGGAAGAUCUUCGAGCAAUUACCAAAUCAGCUCGAUCUGCUUCCUUGAAGUUGCUCUCAGUAAUGGCUGUAAUCCGAUUGGGCGAUGAACCUGAUAACAUCGAGAAGACACUAACUGUUGCUUUGUUGGAUUCAACAAAGAAUGAAACUUCUAAAAAGAGCAUUACAACGUCUGAUCCACUGGCUUCAAGCACUUGGGAUGAGGUUCCAUCAUCAAGAACGCUUAUCACACCAGUCCAGUGUAAAUCUAUAUGGAGACAGUUCAAGACAGAAACAGAGUAUACAGUUACUCAAGCCAUAUCUGCACAGGAGGCGAAUAGGCGUGGUGGUAACUGGUUACCUCCUCCAUGGGCAAUUCUUGCAUUGAUCGUGCUAGGAUUUAACGAGUUCAUGGCUCUUCUAAGAAACCCUCUCUAUCUCGGUGUCAUAUUUGUCGGUUUCCUUCUCGUGAAAGCACUAUGGACGCAAUUGGAUAUCCCUGGUGAAUUCCGCAAUGGUGCACUUCCGGGACUCAUAUCGAUAUCCGCAAAGUUUGUUCCCACGGUCAUGAACCUUCUCAAGAAACUUGCCGCGGAAGGCCAAGCUCCUCCCGCAGCUAAUCCAGAGAACCGUCGUUCGAGCACCAACAACACUUCUUCAAAUGCUUCCUCGUCAGAGAAUCUACCAGAGCACAAAAGUGCCUCAAAGACGGAUUAAGAGGAGCGUAGACAAAGAAUCUUCUUUACUCUUAAAAGGUUUGAUCUCCAAUACUUAGUGUUUUUACUUGUUCACUUUGCGCAAAACGCUGCGUUUUUAGGACCUUUUUGCUUUUGGUUUAGAACUUUUCUUUAUACAACACAAGUGAGUGACUUUAAAAGCGUGGUGGCAUUAUUUGAAUCGGUUGAUUAUUUUUCUCUGAUGUCAAAAAACAAAUCAAUA